AUGGCCGCAUAUGACAGCAGUGCUCCGCGCUACAUGCCUCCUCUCGAGGUACUGAGCGCAGAGGAUUUCGAGACAGCUUCCAUCCGCUCAGCCGCUCCUUCUUACAGUAAGUCCCACCAGUGCCAUAUCCCCGUCGAGAAGGCCGGCCCUCCACGUGCGCAUAGCUGCGCAGCAGGCACCUCCGAAGCGCCCUCCUACCACUCGACCGCCACCCACGGCGAGACCAUCCCCCCGUACUCCCCGCGGGCCGUCGAGACCUCCGGCUCCGCCACAUCCUCCUCCGGGCCGUCUACGUCCUCCGCGCCGCCGACCCUCCUGCCUCCGCACAGCAGCGGCGGUCCCGCCUCCGCCUCCGCCUCCGCCUCCGCCCGAGGCGGGCUCCCGCCCAUCCCGCCGCUGCAGCCGCGCCGGCCCGCGGACCUGCCCAACCUGACGGCCUUCCGCAUCCCCUCGUGGUCGACCAUGUCGUCCAACCCGACGGCGCGGCACUACCAGCGCGUCGCCCACCGGCGCGUCGCGGCCGCCAACAGCCAGUCGCACCUCCAGGGCAUCCGGCGCAUGGUGCUCGACCGCAUCGACGAGGACGAGCGGAACCGCUUCCGCCCGCUCGAGGACCCCUACCUCGUCGGCGAGGAGGCGGCGCGCCGGGCGCGGCAGGAGCGCCUCGCGCGCGAGAACGGCGACGACGUGCUGGUCAUGGAGGACCGCUGCUGGGACGGGUUCCUCGCUGAGCUCCGCGGCUGGGAAGAGCGCGAGAGGAACGGCAAGCAGUUCCGUCAGUUCCGUCGCGAGAUGGAGAGCCUGACGUCGUCGUCUUCUUCCUCUUCGCGCGGCGGCAGGUUUGCGCGACGUUUCGGAUUCCGUUGA